AUGUCGCCCGUGCCAGUAUUAUCGCUGAAUUCCGUGAGUCUGGGCCUCCGGUAUUUGCGUUGGAUCGAGGAUCAAACCAUUUCCCAGGAUUUACUCGUCGCGCUUCAUUCUAAUGGCUUAUGCAUAUUAUGGGACACCCAGAACCUAAAACAGCUUUGGAAGAUUUACAUUGACGAGUCUUUCACUUCCUUUUGCAUUGAUUUCAGAGGCUUGAGAAAUGCAAUCCUCUACGGUUCUUCCUCUUUCUCUCUUGCCGAUUUUUCAACAGUUUCUGGAUUCAAAGACAAAACGAAAUCAAUAGAAUUUGAAUGCGUUGUUCGCAACAUAGAUUCUGGAAAUAAGUUGGUCAACCCUGACAUCCAGACGUCUCCCCAGUCGAACAGCUCAAGUGAGUCUACGGUAACUCAAGAAUGCAUUCAAGCCUGCUAUCAUGGCUACCGGGAAGAUUGCGGGGUGUUUCUGUUCAAGCGCCAGAUUCUGUUGGUCGAUUUGCAAACAACCCAAUCCGUUCUCUCUAUAACACCCGACAAAACCGUCUCUUCCUUUCUUGGAUUGUACAGUUGCCGUCUUCGCGACUUGCUCAUUUGCCUGCACGAAAAUGGUAAUCUCAGCGUUUACGCUCGUCGCGGUUUGGCUUGCCCCUUCGAACUCGUUUCGGCUAAUCGUCCUUCGGUUGUGUGUUCAGUCUAUGACCGCCUUACCGAGCAGUCGCAUGAUACACUUGCGUACGAUCUUGUGGCCCAUGGGGAGCGCUCGCGCCGUCUGCGUCAAUCAGUGCCCGUUCACCUAACGGUUGAUCGAGCUAGGGAGGUUGCCAUUGCGAUUACAGCCCCCGAGGGCCGCAUUCAGUUUUGGCAGCUACGCGCUUUGCGGCCGCGGCCCCUACAUGCAUCUCGGAAUGAAACCGCUGCUCCUGUGUGGUGUCUAGCCGAUUUACUUCCCCAUGAACCAGGGAUUGCUAGGCCGCCUAAACUAUGUCUCCAGAUGUAUUCAUUGUAUACUGCUGCCAAAACAGACCCCACAGUUUGUACUGUGUGUCCAUGGCGUCUCCUGAAACCGAUUGCUCAACGGCUGGGUGUUCACAGUUUGGCAGCUGUGGGGAACAGUCGAGGUUUUGUCCAAAUUUGGGACAUUAACUCGGGAAUUUUGUGGCGAGAGUAUCAGCUGAUACCUGCCCCUAUAUUUGGCAUUGAAUGGCUCACCAUUCAAGCAGAAUCUCCUAGUCGCCCGAAUACGGCAGUUACUGCACUCACUCUGUGUCUCAUCGUUCACGGCUGGCAGCCUAAAGAUGGGGCUUUUAUCAAUGCCCAGAUGGCACCAUUUGUGGAAGCGACCAAACUGGAAGUUAAAAAUUACAUCGCAUUACUGAAUCUUUCUACUGGUUGUGCAAUCCACUUCAGAGACUCGCUUAGUAAGAUUUCUCCCGACUCUGGCCUUCUUCCCAGCUCUCUGGGCUCAGGUUCUGUGAUCAGUCGGAACUCAAUCUCUCCUACGGGUUCGUCUUACGAGGAACCCAUCGACAUAGCUCGUGUUAGCCAAUCGGGUCGUUAUCUAGCAUUACUAGUGCGUAACACUUGCGUUGAGCUAUGGAAUACGAACACUCUCAACAUGAUGAAGUGCAUUCCGUUUACCACGGCAUACUGUGGUGCCACAUUGGAUUGGCACCACUCUCCCACCACUUUCGCCGAAUUGAAUCUGACUCGGUUUUCGGACCCAUUGAUUGGGCAUUACCAUUCGAAUGAGGAACUCGAUCAUAGAAGUGUCACCGUUUCAUCUACUAUGUUGCAGUCUGAGAGCAGCAGACGAGAGUCUUUGAUCCUUUGCACUACCCUUGGAAACCUCCGGUUGGUUGUAGUCGGUGGAUCCGAAAUGGACUCUACCACCAUUUCGAACGAGAUCCUACAGGGUCUUCCGGCUUCCAGUUUGGAGCGAAUCAGAGCAGUUGCCUGGUUUGCCGACCUCCUUGCUUUCGGAACAUCCGAUGGGUUCAUCGUUUUGCGCGAUCUCUGCGGUCGACGGACUCUCAUUCGCAUGAGCUCCGGUCUUGGGUGGCUUGAUCAACCCGAUACGACCAUCGUGACGAACUCAUCUCUCCUCGACCACCGGCUCUACAUAUCGACGCUGAGUGCCUCCAGCCCGUGUGACACUGGGGUUAGGCGGUUGUGUUUCCUUCCAGAUUCGCCUGCCCAUUCUCUUUUACUGGCUUUGACGCAUGAUUCACUGUUUGUUUGGCAACCACACGAUAUGGUGUUACUCUGUAGUGCUUAUUUUCGGGGUCACCUGCAGCGUUGUUUGAUCAGCGCCGAUUGGGCGUGUGCUAUCUCCGGAUCAUCCGAUCCAGCCGUAUGUUUGAUUGUCGGGGGUGAUGGUGCACUGCGACUUGUGCGGGUCGGGGAGUCAGGUGUUGAAAUGAUUCCCACAGCUACUGCUAAAGACAAUACAGGCUUCGCCAGCGAACCAAUUACUCGGUUCUACGGAAGCAGUCCUGUCUCAGAUCAAAUUGAAAUUUGCACGUCCUUGCUGUUGCCUUCUCUUCUUCCUGCCGAAAUUGCGUCUGCAAUCCAAUGCCUGCUCCAGAGCCAAUCGUUGGACUUAUCUUCACCAAGCCAACUACCUCUCAGUUUAGCAGGAAGCACUCGCUCUGAUGGCUCAUCUGAAGCGUUUGCAGACGUCUUUAGAACCACUUACAGCGAUUCUAGCGCGCCAUGUUCCACCAUUCGGCGUCCCAAACUAGCUCCCGGAUUCUCAAAAAUACAAUCUUCUGUGGAUUUAUUUUUCUCCUAUUUGGAACAGAGCCCGGAUUUCCAGAAUGUGUUUAUGCGACCUUCAGACACCCUAGUGGAACGGUGUCUGUGGACUGCGCAGCUCUUCGGUGAUUCCUACGAGACCAGGUUUUGGCGCGUUGUGGCCAAUCGUUUAUUGAAAAGUCACACAAAGUGGGAUAUUCGUUACGUGUUAGAUCUCUCUUGGGAUCUGUUGGCUGAGCACAGUUUGUACCGCCGCUCAGCCCUCGUUCGUCUCGACGUUUUGGAACGAACUAGAGCGACGGAAGCUCACUGGAAUCGGUGUGUGCAUCAACUGAUUUUGCUCGGCCAGCACGAGCGUGCCGUGUCCCUUUUACUGGAAACGCCACCAGACUCUUCCACCUACACUGUCAACAUGCACCGAGCUUGCUUAUUGGCUGCAAGUGCUUCUGGUCGACUGCGCUUUUCAAACUCAUCCGGCUCCAUUCAAAUUUUUGAGGACACUUUCCUGAGCACUGUAAAGUUAGUGGCUACAAAUCUGCUUUCUAACGGUCAUCUUGACGAGGGCAUAGAAUUACUGUGCUUCAUCGGCCUGUACUCCGACGCCUGUCGCUACCUGGAAUCUUUUGACAAGUGGGAACGUUCCAUUUGGCUUGCUAAAUGCUGUCUCCCCCCUGACGAAGCCGAUCAAAUCCUCCGUCGAUGGGCGGGUUAUCUUUGUUCGUCUCAGAUCGGUCGAAAACACUUUGCCGUGCUCAUCUAUGUUCUCUUGGACGACCAUAUUACCGCGUUGAAGAUGCUCUGUGAUCUAGGACGUUAUCAACUUGCUGCUCGCUAUCUGGAAGCAUGUCUUCAAACCAAGGCAUUGAUAUGGUCAGAUGAACACGAAUCCUUAUUCUGCACUAUAUUCUUCGAAUUCAGCAAGAUCCUGGCCAAAUUUGGACAUCACGAACUGGCCGCUCAAUACUGCUCAAUACUGCUGGCCAAUUAA